UUUCAGUCCGUGAAUACUACAUCCAACUACGAUGCCACCAAAGGCUAGCGGUAAAGCUGUGAAGAAGGCUGGUAAAGCCCAAAAGAACAUUACGAAGAGUGACAAGAAGAAGAAGCGCAAGAGGAAGGAGAGCUACGCUAUCUAUAUCUACAAGGUCUUGAAGCAAGUUCAUCCCGAUACUGGAGUAUCCAGCAAAGCCAUGAGCAUCAUGAACUCAUUUGUCAACGACAUUUUCGAGAGAAUUGCCGCUGAAGCUUCACGAUUGGCUCACUACAACAAGCGCUCUACCAUCACCUCUCGUGAAAUCCAAACCGCUGUUCGUCUACUUCUUCCCGGAGAGUUAGCCAAACACGCUGUUUCAGAAGGCACCAAGGCUGUCACUAAAUACACUAGUUCCAAGUAAUUUGGAAUAACACCAAUACCAUCGGCCCUUU